UAAUCAUUGCAUGCGGGUACGUCGCUGUUAGUAGAUGCGCAGUGACCGCGAGCCGUUGGAUCCGAAACGUUGGCGCUCGAGUGCUUCGUACCGUGUGGAACAAUAGUACGCAUUUUUGUUGUUGUUGUGUCCGCGCUAGUGCAACGGGUCCGGCUAGCAAACCACUUUCCCAUUUUUUUCCCCCACGCAUACACACCGUGUGCCGGGUGCGUGUCUGUGCGUGUGUGUGUUGGUGAGUUUUGUUUUGUGUCGCGUAGCAUCGCCCUCGUGACGGGGCAGGUGUUGUGAUAAACAGUGGUGAACGGUGAAAGCAGACAAGGUACGAAGUCGCCCAACAACAAGCAAUCCGCGUACAGGGUGAAGGUCACUGGAGCACGGUUACCUGUGCCCGGGACGACCUGUGUGUGUGCAACCACGUUUGCAACCGAUCAACCAAUCGCCCGGUUCUCGCAUCCAGUCGCUGCCCCCAGCAAACUCCCAGCCAAACAGUAUGGCGCACCAUCCAACCAGCCGUGUAAUGCUGCUGUUCCUGCUUACCUUCCAACUUUACAUCGUCUCGGCCAUUCCACAAACGUUCGGGCCCCUGGUACGCGAUCGUGCGAUCCGCCAGCAAACGUCCGAGGAAGAUUUAAACGCCAACAUCGAGAGCAUCUAUCGGAAAGACUUCAAAGCGACCUCCAGCCCAUCGAAGGCACAGCAGGUCGAUGAGGUGGAACCCUCGCCAACGGAGCUUGUGGCGCGCUCGCAAGCCGGUGGUAGCCCGCGCCCUAGACGCCCGAUCGACAACAAUGAGCAGAACGCGAUGGUUUACGUGAUUCGUGACGCAGAAGGCAAGUUGGUGCCAAAGUUUGCGAAUCCUCAGCCAGUAUCAACCACACCUAGCCCCACACCGAAACCCGCCCUCGAAUCGACAACCGACGCUGAACGCAAGUUUGUACUCAAGCUCGCAACACCGUUGAGUAACAAGACGGAGAUGGAAUUCGACGAUCCAACGUUCGAGCUCGACUCGUACCCGGAGCAUUAUCCGUUCGAGAAGAUCAGAAACAUCCUGCAGAACCAUGCGGACAAGUACGAGGAGAUGUUUGAGAAUCGUUACAAGCGGGAACCACUGUCGACGCGCAUCAACAGCGAGGCGGACAAGUAUCUGUGCAGCUCGGUCGCCCACACCGAAUAUCCGACGUACGAUCCGAAGCAAGAUGUGCACAUCGUCAAUGUGCAGGGAUUCUAUCAACCGGUAGUGUUUGAGACUUGCAGCCGACCGAACGUCUCCUGUAAUAAGAGUGUCAGUACCGCGUCCAACUAUGAGCUGGUGUGUGAACAGACCUACCGAGACUACAAACUGUUCGUAUAUUCGCCGAACGACGAGAAUAAGUUCGUGUUUAUGGACAUCGAGUAUCCUGCCUGUUGCAAAUGUGCACAAGUCCUAUCUUCGUCGAGACAGCGAACAUGAUCGGGACGAGCGCGGAACCUGCCUAAUCCCCAAUGCCAUAUGUCUAAACGAGCGCGUGCCAGAUCGGGUGCUAUAAUAUCUCUUGAUGUACAGACGAUUGCUGUAGCCCGUGCUGGGGAAGGAUAGAACCGUUCCCGUAGAACAUUUGAUGUGAUUGUUAAUCUUCCUUCUACCGUUUGUUUCUUGUUAGCGUUUUUUAUUAAUGUAACCUGGUUACCGCGUGUAACAAAUCAACAUCCAAUUCAAACGCGUGUGCUCUCAGCAGAUUCGCAUCCGCCAUUGCUUAUGCGCUUCGCCAAACUAAACUCGUCAAAUGACGGUGCUUCGUUUUGUUAUCAUCCGGUCAUCAGGUGGUACGAUGGGUAUCGGGAUGCUGCCAAGCACUGAGCAGCAGCAGCAGUACCCCCCCUCCCCAGUUACCUGUACCACAACUCUCUUAUUGACUAGCAUUUAGCAGUACCGUUUUGCGAUUCGAAUGUUUGUGUAUAUUUUAGUGAAAGCCAAAAAAUAUAGUAAACCCAUUCUUGUCUAAUAA